CUUUUUAUUUUUCAUAGAAUUAGAGUUACGGCGGAAUUAGGGUUUGACAUGGCUUCAUCGAGUAGAACAGAUUACGAAAUCAUCAGUAAUCCGUUCGACCCACAAUGUGUGGUUGCAUGCUUUAAGCGUGGAGUGACAGAGAAGGAUAAGCUUCUGUUGGAGAGGAUCCGAGGGAAAGAGGACAACACGAGUCCAAAGUACACAGAUCAGGAGGAGCGCAAUCUCAUCAACAAACAGAUCAGGAAGAGCCAGGGCUUUGACGUCGAUUUUUCCAAGUUCCAAUGCCUUUUCAAUUUCUACCCUUCGUUUCUCGAUGAAAACCACUCGACCUUAAUAAAAGAAACCGAUAGGCAGUUUUUCGGAAGAUUGGCUCAGGAAUCCAUUGCGGAUUACAACAUUAGAAAGCAGGGGACCAGUUUUGAAUUUGUUGAGGUCGAGAAAGCAAAUUUGUACUGGAGUAAAGGAUACACUUACUUCAUCACGUUUGCAGCCAAAGAUUAUUGUGACAAGACCAAAGUCUUUCAAGCUAAGGUCUGCAAUGUCUUAUGUAGAGAGAUUGAGCACCGUUUCUGCAGGCUUAAACCCGGUCAACAAGGAGAAUGCGAUGAAGAUUCUAAGAGAGUUGUGAAGAAACCAAGGAUUAACACAAGAGUGCGGGUGUCAUUACCAAUGUGUCUUAGAUAAUUAUCAACCAUUGUCGUAGAUAUUGUCCUAUUUGAUGGGAAUUAUGUCCCUUUUGUGAUAUCAUAACUUUAUGUAUGACUUUUGUAGGACUAACUAGUAAACUAAAAUAUUAAAAUUUUAUCCAUUU